UAAAUAACCCGAGAGCGACAUAACCGCCACAUCCAACGGCUACAAACAGCUUCCGCUGGCACUUGGAGUUGUCUUUUCUUACCUGAUCACCGCUCUUGAUAGUAGACCAGAGGGAGCCGUCGGAGGGAAGGAGAGAAGGGGGGAAAAAAGGAAGGAGAAAAGAAAGAGGAGACGAAAGGCAAAGGUAGUGACGAGAGUUAGGCGUGACCACAAAAUGAAGUGAUGCUGGGACUGAACAGUUUGUAUUAGAUAAGAAGGUACGAAACACAACCUCCUGUACUCACAUCAUCAGGAGAAGAGGAAGCCGUUGACUUCAAAAGAGCACGAGCCCGGGAGAGAAAAAGAUUGCAGGACGGAAGCCUAGAAACGACUGACUGACUGCUGGAGGAAACCAAGAAGGAAAGAAGCAGGGCAGGCUGAAGGGCGAGUACGAGUGGGCAGGCAACUGAGGCCGCAAGCGCAUGACAUAUUUAACUUACCAGCUCUACUUCGGUCUGCGAAGACUUGCCUACCUGUAAUACCCAGGCUUCUGUCUGGUCCCACCCAACCGUCACCAUUGCGUCGCUAGACCUAAGUGCGAUGAGCUCCUAUCUACCUCUGCGACACCCGGGAACCCACGGGCACGCGGGUCCCGGGGGUCGGGCGGAGGACAUGCAUCAUGCCGCUGCGGCAGCCGCCGCGGCAGAGAACGUCAAUGUGAACGCCGCUACCGGGUACAUGGAGCACUUCCUGAACAUACCCGAAAUCUGUCCCAGCUCCAACUACCGGAGUCCCCGGUCCUACUACGCCGCCAUGAACUCUUACCAGGCCGCAGACGCCUGCCGCAUGGAAGCUUUGCAGCAACGGAAUCACGAGUUGCGGAUGGGCCUGCAGGCUAACCGGGGUGGUUUCUACCCGAACAUGAACAUGGCGGGCAUGCGCUUCGGGGACGCUUGUGGGGAGGUGCAGGCCAACUGCCUACCCCCACAACAGGCACGGGGGGAUUCCAUGAGUCCCUGUACGAAAGUGAGCGCAACGGAGGGAGAGACACCAUCGUUUUACCCGUGGAUGUCAAUCGUAGGGCCCAACUCGAACCAGAGACGGCGAGGUCGCCAAACGUACACCCGGUUCCAGACCCUGGAGUUGGAGAAGGAGUUCAAAUUCAACCGUUACCUGACACGCCGGCGCCGCAUUGAACUGUCGCACAUGCUGUGCCUGACGGAGCGGCAGAUCAAGAUCUGGUUCCAGAACCGACGCAUGAAGGAGAAGAAAGAGCUACAAGCCAUCAAGGAGCUCAACGACCAGGAAAAGAGCAAAGAGAAAGCCAACAUGGCGGCCAGCCAGAAGGCCAGCGAGGACAGCUCCAGCAAGACAACUUCAGGCAGCUCGGCAAGCCACCCGGCAAUACCCAAUGGCUCGGGAAGCUCCAGCAGCUGCAGUACGGAACACAGUUGAAGUGGCACCGUGGUUCGCGUUCCUAGAGUUCGGAAACUACAGUGACGGAGGGGAUUCUAGGACCAGGGGGAGCAGCAAACCUGUGUGGUAUGAUGCACCUGUGGACCACAUUUAGUCUUGUUGUAGGCCCCCUUCCAAAACACACACAUCCCCCUCAACCUCCACCUUGAACGGAAGAUAGUCGAUUUUGAGCCCAGUGUACAGACACAGGUAGCGAAUCAGCGCCGGACCUCCACAAGGACACAAAUUCCUACCAAAAAAAGUUUAAAAUAUAAUAAAUUUUGUGGGGAUAGUCGGUGGAUGUAACGCCAGACCAAUGGCAUAGACCUCCAUUGCGAAGAAAAAAAGCUGUUCAGUGGCUUUGUUCUAAAGUUUGAUGACUUCCUGUCUUGUCCAUUGUUGUGAUCCAGUGUCUGACAGAAGCAAAGUUGUCUCCACGAUUCAAUCUUCUUAAAAGUAAAUAAAAAGAAAAAAAAAAAAAACAACCAAACGCGUUUCAAAAUUUCAGAAGGAAUCGUGUGCAGGUGGCCAACAAGAACCUUCCAGACACGUGGACAGUGAAGUCCAGCGCACACCCUUCGUCGUCACGUUCAUGUGUUCAGUAGUGUUCAUUACCUGUGAACAAGCAGUGAACACUUCGCAUAUCGCAAAGGAAGUUCACUUUUCUCUGUGGCGACAUUUGAAGCAUCUUCUUCUACAGGGUGCAUUCGUCACAUUGUGAGUUCAGACAACAGAAGAAAAUUGUUUUGUUUGCAGAGACACGCAAACGGAGCGGACAUUUUGAGGACAAGGGUCAUUGUAGUGGAUGUGAACUGUUGAUUUUGUAGUCCCAUGUAGACACUGAUAACCUCACACUAAGAUGGAAGAGUAAGGCAAGUGGCUGUUUUAUGUGUAUAUUCAUUUUUUUUUUCAAUGUCCCUCCUCAUCCCAAGUUGACGGCGCGGUCUGCAACUUAAUGACAAGAGUUUUACAGGGGGUAAAAAAAAAACUUGACAUAGACUAAUGUAAAUAAUUGCAUAAAAGGUCCAGCUAAAGCUGCUUCUGAGACAGGUUUCAGUGCUUGUAAUGCCAGUGUGUGUGUACCCAUUAUUCCCUUGUCUAUUUUUUUUAAAGCAUUGUCUGUGCUCUUCAUCUGGUCAGGCUUGCACGGACACAUUCGUGAUGGUCGUGUCGUCCCGGACUGGUGUGCUUCUUUUUGCGGUUAAGUAUAGUAUUAGGAAUCAGUUCUCUGCUGGACGACCUGCCGGAAGCAAGUAUGGAAGACUGGCUUCUACCUCCGCUUUAUUAAGUUGUGUGUGGACGUCCCCUGGCUGUUCUAAAUGUCGUCGGUCUGUGCAGUUUUUGUACUAGAUGAAACCUUCAGAUGUCCACACGCUUGAGUAGAGCUCAUGACGCCGCCACCACCACCACCGCCAACAAUAUCAUCCUCGUCGUAAUCUCCAUCCUCGUCGUCAUUGUUUUCAUCGUCAACUCGUCAGUCGCUGACUGUCUUCUUUGCCCACAUUCUUGAUUGAUAUUCCUUAUAGUGAGAAAGUAAACAGCGCUGUCCCCCUUGCCAGUACCAUACAUCAUCUGCCUGUGAGGAGCUUGUACAAGAUUUUAUGUAAAAGAUGAUGGCGAACAGUCACGUGAUCCCAGAACAUAGUCCCAUGGAAACACGACAUCACGUAUAACUGUUCUUCGAUGCGUUUGUCUUGGCCAUUGUUACUUGCUUGUGUCCGUCUUCUUUCUCUCUACAUGUCUGUCUUCCUGAACAUUUUUUUAAUGACAUCAACCCUGUGUCUGCUUCAUUUUCUUGGAAGAGAAUCUGCUUUGUAUGUUUCUCUCUUUCUGUCCUACUGUAUUCCACGCUGUACCAGCAUUGUUUUCUGCAACAAUUUAUUUAGUCUUUGACUGCGCCAGGGGGAUUUUUUUCUUUUUAGUUGGGUGGGUACUUGAAGGUGUUCAUAAUUUUGAGCGAGAAUAUUAUCGGACGACGGAAAAUAAAACAAACUUUGAUAAAAGAGAUUGACUGCGAUCGCUGCUUUAUCACCAAAAACUGCACCGAAAGUGUUUUUAAUUAAGAUCGGAUACCGACAACCCUGAACCACGUGGCAUCCUCUCUCUCUCUCUCUCACACACAUACUCGUUCGUGUGCGCACCGAUGCAUGAAAUGGUGACAUCAAAAUUCAGACACGAUAAUAAAAAAAAAGUAAUUGUCCUUUUUUUGUCCCUCUUGCCCGAUUAAAAAUGUAGAGCAAAAUUUUCACCCUUAUUGUGUCCUAUGUCUUUUCUCGGUUUGGAAUGUCCUCACCAAAUGAACAAAUGUCAUCCACGCAGGCCCACUCGACAUGUACAGGAAGACCUUUCAAAUACCUUCUCUCUCACACUCACACACACACAAGCGUGAUGGCGGGACGGCCAUCCAGCAUGUCCUCAUCCAUCGUCCUGACACAAUGCUUUCUCUCGUAACACAUGGCAGGAGUGAAAGACAUCCAGAUCCUAGUGUUUCCUUUAACUUCGUGUUCAUGCAGUCGCCUCGUGUACAUGGAAAAAUAAGAAGAAGGAUUUAUAAACUUAAUCAACCUUUCUUCUUUUUUAAAAAAAUAAAAGUCUUUUGUCCAUUCCGUGGCGGUAGUAAGCUGUUCGUUCGAAGCAGAUCAUAGGGUGUGAUAGUAGGGCCGUGCAUCAUUUGCAGUGCUUCUCUGUAAAAGAUAUGCACAUGCUCAAUUAAUUUAACUUUGCCAUUCAUCGUCUGCCAGCUUCUUAACAUUAACUGUUUCUUUCUUCCUUUCAAACAUUCUUUUACCUUAGUGUGCAUCAUCGGCAUCCAGGUUCUUUUGACUCCGCUGUCAGAAACCGCAUUUUUUUUCGUUUAGUCCAACACACUCUCAAUCGUUUCUUAGUCAACGUAACAAAUUUAGGAUUCAAAUUAAUUUUUUUAAUCACUGUUAAGUACAAAUUCUCUGUUUACAAAAACUAUAAUAAACUGAUUCCCCACACUCCGUGUACGUUUUGAGUGAGAGUAAUUUUCUUUGUAGCAAAACAAGGUAUUGCAUCACUUUCCAAAGAUAGAACUCUAUCAGUAUUAUAACAACUUAAUAAAAUCAUACUUACAAUGACAUGGGCGUAUAUUUAUAUUAUCCUGUAUCAUGUUCUGUCCGCGUUUUCCGCGAGAAUGGUGCUGUGAAUUCCCCUCCCCAAUCCCCAUUGAUACCCUUGCAAUUCUGUUUAUUGUGUCUUGCGUGUCUCUUGUUUCAAUUUUAAGUUGGAAAUGACGAAGGAAGCACCCGGGUUCCUUCAAGACACUUUAAACUGGUUAUUUAUGGACAUGAGUGUUACAUAAGAAUAACAAAAGACAAUCUCGUGUGUUCAUGUUCAUUCGUCGUAAUAGUUUACUUCCAUAACAGCGCGUGCGUGUGUGUGCGUGCGCGUGUCUAAUUUUUCGUGUAAAAAAAUUAUUGACUGUGCCUAGUACUGAGGGUGACUACUUUCUGCCAUUUUGUUCUGUUCAUUUUUUUUCUCACAUUCUAGAUUAGAAAUCUUAAAUGAAAUACUUAUUGCGUCCAAUAUAAAUGUUCUAGACACAACAUCAAGUUUUUUUUCUUAGUUAUUUUUUGUUUGUUUAUUUUUUAACGACACGCACUCGCAUUAUUUUGCUCGUUGCUGUAAUAUGUCACACUGAAUAAUUAUCAUAAAAUUUGCUGAGCUUUAUUUUUUAUUCAUUUCUCUGUCUUUCCAGCGAAAAUGUCGGUUUAUAUUUAUUUAUUUGUCUGUUUAUUCAUUUAUUUAAAGAAAAAAUAUUUGAAGUCGUGCGUUGUAGAGUUACAAAGUGUGGUGAUUCCCUUCCCCUCCAUGUCAGGUAACGCAGCUUUGAAAAAAUUAUUAACGGACUGGAAAAGAAAAUGUUUGUAAAUUGACUAAGAGGUAUGAGAUUAGGCAUGUGACUGGCCAAGUAAAGAACUUAGAAGAUUUAAACAAAAUUCAUUGAAAAAUAGAAAAGUAUCAUUUCUGGAGGUAAUUUAUUUAGACAUUAUCAUUACCAAAGAUAGUAAACAACAUUUCGCGGAUUAUUUGCAAUCUCUAUUCUUCAUUACAUGUUCAGACACAUCAUCACUGACUAGCGCACAAUCUCACUGGCACUUUUAUUAAGAAUCCAAGUACUUGGGAAAAUGUAAGCAAGGCCCGAACGAUUUUCUCUUUUUUUCGAACUAAUUUUUUUACAUUCAUAUCCAUUCAUGAAACUCGCCGCGAAACAUUCUCUGGUGGUCAUAAACCUUUGCGUGGUGUCAUCUCUUUGGGUAUUCAGAAAUCUUACUCUGUGUGCUAGGUCUGAUGCAAUGUAAGUGUCUUACAACUUUGUAAUAAAACGAGAAUUUCUAUCAUGGAAACGAGAAAAUAAAAUUAUUUUACGUAUUGUGAAAAAAAUUAGCGAUGACAUUUAUUUGGUUUGUGUCCGUCUCGUCCAAACUGAAUAAAACUUUUAUGAACAUGUUUGUCGUAAAUGGUUCCAGUCGUCAUCAUUUACCUUCACACACAUUUAAAUUUCUUUUAUUUACCUGCUUUUGUCUUCUUCUAGUCGUUCUCAUCAUUUCUCGUCCUUUUAGAGAGAGCUGUCGUAUUUUACAAUCUAUAUUCACCUUAAACAAAAUUUACAUAAUUAUUAUUUACUAAACAAUAGGAAUUAAUUUAUUCUUGUGCUGUUAAUAGAUUUUCUUUAAAAGGAAAAUAUUUUCAUAAUAAUUCAUAGUUUGUAAUUAUCUAUUGAUAGACAUAUCAUUUAAAGAAUUUUUCACUAAGAAAUAUUUCAUGCACAAUCGUUUUAGCAAAUUCACGCAAUUGAAAAAAAUACUGCCACACACACUAGCUCCACUUUUCACAUGCCUUCACAUCUCAAUUCAUUUCAUAAUUCGUUGUCAUUAUCAUCGCCAUAACCGUGCGAUCUUCGGUUUAAUUUAUAUAUUUUUCUUCUCACUUGUCACCGAAUUGAAAGAAGAAUGCUAUGUGAUUUCAGACGACUUUGUUGUAACUCAAAGAUGUUUUUGACUUAUUCUCAAAGAUAUUUCUGGAAGUGAUGGUUGUACAUAACAAUUCUAUCUUCACUUAAUCCUCUACCAUUUUUGAACUUCCAAAAAAAAAAAAUUCUUUUUAUCAGUCACCCAGUCUAUGCUAUUAUAAAUUACCAUAACCACGAGCAGAAAUUGGUUACCAUUGGUUACCUCUGUACAUUUCUCCAAAGGUGCGACACUUUGUUAUGUGAAAUAAUCUGAUUUACACCACUUCCGCUCACUUACUGGAUGUUUGUGUCGAAAAUAUGAUUCUUGUUGGAAUUUUUUCUUUCCUUAUUGUUGUUAAGUGCUGUCCUUCGUUGUCUCCUCUUGCCAAGGCAAGCGUGUUUAUGGAAUGUAGGCGCCACUGGCUUCAGUCCCUCACAUGAGUCAUCUACGAUAAUGUUUAUAAAUGACACAUAUGUAAGUCGCUGAAGGCACAUUGAGCUUGUGACCUUUUAAUCUGACAUAACGAGAAUUUCAUGCAAUAAAUGCAUUUGAGUAUGUGAACCUUGUGCGUUCCCA